CAUUGGAGGAGCUCAAAGUUAAAGGCUCCUACUAAAAAUCAGUAAGCUUCAUUUUGCAGUUACUGGGAGGGAGCUUGCUGUGGCCCCACCGGGGAUAGCUGAGCCCUGGUCCAGCCCCGCGCAGGGAGGGAGCCUGUCACCAUGCCGGCCUGCUGCAGCUGCAGUGAUGUUUUCCAGUAUGAGACCAACAAAGUCACCCGGAUCCAGAGCAUGAAUUAUGGCACCCUUAAGUGGUUCUUCCACGUGAUCGUCUUUUCCUACGUUAGCUUUGCUCUGCUGAGUGACAAGCUGUACCAGCGGAAAGAGUCUGUCAUCAGUUCUGUGCACACCAAGGUGAAAGGGAUAGCAGAAGUGAAAGAGGAGAUCCUGGAGAACGGAGUCAAGAAGCUGGUGCACCAUGUCUUUGACACCGCGGACUACACCUUCCCUUUGCAGGGGAACUCUUUCUUCGUGAUGACCAACUUUCUCAAAACAGAAGGCCAGGAGCAGCGGUUGUGUCCUGAGUAUCCCACCCGCAGGACGCUCUGUUCCUCCGACCGGGGUUGUAAAAAGGGAUGGAUGGACCCGCAGAGCAAAGGAAUUCAGACCGGAAGGUGUGGAGUGUACAAAGGGAACCAGAAGACCUGUGAAGUCUCUGCCUGGUGCCCCAUUGAGGCUGUGGAGGAGGCCCCUCGCCCUGCACUCUUGAACAGUGCCGAAAACUUCACUGUGCUCAUCAAGAAUAAUAUCGACUUCCCUGGCCACAACUACACCACGAGAAACAUCUUGCCAGGUUUAAACAUCACUUGUACCUUCCACAAGACUCAGAAUCCACAGUGUCCCAUUUUCCGACUAGGAGACAUCUUCCGAGAAACAGGAGAUAAUUUUUCAGAUGUGGCUAUUCAGGGCGGAAUAAUGGGCAUUGAGAUCUACUGGGACUGCAACCUAGACCGCUGGUUCCAUCACUGCCGUCCCAAAUACAGCUUCCGCCGCCUUGACGACAAGACCACCAACGUGUCCUUGUACCCUGGCUACAACUUCAGAUACGCCAAAUACUACAAAGAAAACAAUGUUGAGAAACGGACCCUGAUGAAAGUCUUCGGGAUCCGUUUUGACAUCCUGGUUUUUGGCACCGGAGGAAAAUUUGACAUUAUCCAGCUGGUGGUGUACAUCGGCUCAACCCUCUCCUACUUCGGCCUGGCCACUGUGCUCAUUGACUUUCUCAUCAACACUUACUCCAGUAACUGCUGUCGGUCCCAUGUCUAUCCCUGGUGCAAGUGCUGUCGGCCCUGCGUGGUUAAUGAAUACUACUACAGGAAGAAGUGCGAGUCCAUCGUGGAGCCAAAGCCGACAUUAAAGUACGUGUCCUUUGUGGAUGAAUCCCACAUUAGGAUGGUGAACCAGCAGCUACUAGGGAGAAGACUGCAAGAUGUCAAGGGCCAAGAAGUCCCAAGACCUCCGGUGGACUUCACAGACUUGUCCAAGCUGCCCCUGGCCCUCCAUGACCCACCCCCUACUCCUGGACAACCAGAGGAGAUGCAGCUGCUUAGAGAGGAGGCGACUACUAGACCCAGGGACAGCCCAGUCUGGUGCCAGUGUGGAAGCUGCCUCCCAUCCCAACUUCCAGAGAGCCGCAGGUACCUGGAGGAGCUAUGCUGCCGGAAGAAGCCGGGGGCCUGUAUCACCACCUCAGAGCUGUUCAGGAAGCUGGUCCUGUCCAGGCACAUCCUGCAGUUCCUCCUGCUCUACCAGGACCCCUUGCUGGCGCUGGAUGUGGACUCCACCAACAACCAGCUGCGGCACUGUGCCUACAGGUGCUACGCCACCUGGCGCUUCGGCUCCCAGGACAUGGCUGACUUUGCCAUCCUGCCCAGCUGCUGCCGCUGGAGGAUCCGGAGAGAGUUUCCCAAGAGUCAAGGGCAGUACAGUGGCUUCAAAAGUCCUUACUGAAGCCAGAUGCGUGGCUCAUGUGUGUAAUCCCAGCACUUUGGGAGGCCAAGGCAGGCAGAUCACCUGAGGUCAGGAGUUGGAGACCAGCCUGGUUAACAAGGCAAAAUCCCAUCUAUACUAAAAAUACAAAAAUUAGCCCGGGAUAGUGGCACAUACCUGUAAUCCCAGCUACUCAAGAGGCUGAGGCACGAGAAUCAUUUGAACCUUGGAGGUAGAGAUUUCAGUGAGCCAAGAUUGCACCACUGCACUCCAGCCUGGACGACACAGCAAACCCUGUC